UCUCUCUCGUCUCCAUAUUCGGCGAUUCGUAUUUCGCGUCUUCAUCUCCAGGAUUUGUACGUCGUUUCCGUCUAUGUUUCCGAUCGUCUAUGUUUUCGGACCACGCAGGUAUUUCUAACGCUGGUGUGUUCAUUGACGCAUUGAUUUUGGCGAUUUGGAUUUGGGGAAGGGAGUUCUCUCUUUCCAACUUCUUCCUCUUUCUGUUCGACCUGGGGUGAGCUUGAUUCCGGCGCAAUCAGGUGUUUUGUUAAGUGUUGUUUUUGCAAAGAAAUUGAUUCUAGGGUUUUCGCUCGGUUUUUGUUCCAAGCUGUAGUGUUCGAAAUCGAGAUCAGUAGAAUGAAAUGGUUUUCGCUCUGUUUUUGUUCUAACGUGAGUUCUAUGUGUUGUGCUCUAAUAGAUGUUUAUUUAUUGGUUUAGUUUGUUUUUUUCAAAACCAGUUUUGCUUUAUUUGUUUGUGGUUUGAGUAGCUUUUUGGGUAUGGAAAGUGUUUUUUUAGGGUUAUCUCUCUUGCUCAUUGAUAGUAGCUAUUCGCGUGGGGUACUCAAUGAUAGUGACUGUUUGUGUUAGUAUCUAUUGUGCGAUUGGGUCAGCUAUAGAAUUUCAGAACCUUUUUAAACUUUGUAUUAUGUGAUCUUAGUGCAUGUUGUGUUUAGUUUGUUUUUUCUUAAUGUGUUACAUCUUCGUGUUUCUGGAUAGUCCUUGUGUGUCCAAAUGGUGGUCCAUGUUCCGUUUAUGCAGGAGAAGUACAGUGUCCCCACUAAAGAUAAGUUAACCGAAAAUAACAAGUGCUUCACUUACUUACUCAAACUAGGGUUUUAAUUGUUUUUUUUCUUUUUGGUUCUUUGUGUUUGUAUGGUUAAAUAGCACCCCUGGAUUGAACAAUUAGCUGAGAGGAAGAAAGAUCAAACCAGUUUGUCAAUGAUGAUUCCGAUAAUCAAUGAAUAGGGUUUGCGGAAUGAUCAUAGUUGGACAAGGGAUGUGUUCAUUCCUUCUAUAGGCAUACCUUAUAGGUUUGAAAGAACAAAAUAACAGCACUUCACUUACUGAAACUAGGGCUUAUUUGUUCUCUCGGUGAUGUUUGUAUUGUUAAAUAGCCCCCCAAAGACUAGGUUUAUAAGUUGUCAAGGGGUUAUCCAAAGAUACAUGAUCAUUUUGAUUAUCUAUGAACUGGGUGUGUGGAGAAGUGCGAAGUCUCCACUAAAGAUAAAUGAACGAAAUAACAACCACUUCACUUAUUACUCAAAUUAGGGUUUAUUUUGUUUGUAUUAAUAGCCCCUGGAUUCAACAAUUAGCUAAAAGGAAGCAAGACAAACUGUUUUGUCAGUGAUGAUUUCAAUAAUGUUUGAAUUGGCUUUGCGGAAUAUGAUUAUAGUGGUUUAAGUGGCGUGUUGAUUUGCAGGUAUAUGCAUGAAUUAGAUGUCUAUAUGAAUCUGUUGAAACAUUUUCGCAUGCUCUUAUGUUUACAGAGAUCUAAAAGCACAUUUUUUCCUGAUGGCCAUCAAUGAUGCUGCAAAAGAUUGGGGCCUGAAGUGUCUUCACUAUGAAAUAAGUACACACAGAGAUGAAAUGAAUGAACUUACUAAAACAAGCACAGCUUGAGUCCAAUGACAGAGAAUGCAUCCAGCAGCUUAAGUUAAGGGUAAUUUUUUCAGGAAAAAACAACUCCAAGAAAGUAGCUGCUGCACUUGGGGUUAGCUACCGUUUGCCUCUCUCAUUCUCAUACGCAAUUGUGUUCAUACAUAUAUUGGAGGAGAAAUAGAUCAAAAAAGCAUACAGUUCUUAACAUCACUGACUUGGUUACUAACCACAAAUUCAACUCUCCUCUUACUUAUCUCUCUGACGAAUGCACAACAAUAAUUGGCUCAUGCCUUUAUUGUGACAAAUACAUGUUGCCAAUGCAAAUAUUUGGCAACAACACACGACAAUAGUAGACCAGCGAGCAAAACCAAACGUGCAACGCACGUAGCUAACCCUCUAGUACAUUUGAUGCGCCUGGGAGGACCCCAAAUCCAAGAUGGAUUCGUAAUGGGCAGCACAAUAGCUUUCGAUUAGACCGCAGAGAAUCCAAGCCUUCGCUCUCCUCAAAGGCUAGCAAUAAAAAAAAGGACAAAAACAUAGGCCACUUCCACUUGUUCCUGUUGCAAACGUGCAAGUUGCAACAAAUAGAAAAAGGAGGGGGGGAGAGAGACGAAAGCGGAAGAUCUCUACUCUCUGUUGCUGAAAUUGGUGUUUCAUCGGGAGGCGCAAGUUGUAACGAUGGAAUUGGGGGUAAUAACUCAUUCUUCCACCUUCCUCUUACCUUCAAUCCCAACCGACAACGGGCCCUCUCCAACUUAUGCCGUCGUCGUGCUCAACCAACCCCUCCCUCGAUUCACCCCUCUUCUUUGGAAGCACGCUUCGUAUUUGCGCGGAUGGUGGAGCGAAUCGCGUCUAUGAUGAACUCCCCCAACUCUUGCCUGACGAGGACGUCCCUGAUCUUCGAAACAGGUACAAGCCAGAUAUAAUAAAGGGCGACAUGGAUUCUGUUAGACAAGAAGUAAAAGAUUUCUAUGCAAAGAUGGGGACCAAGAUAGUAGAUGAAUCUGAUGAUCAAGACACCACAGAUCUCCAUAAAUGCAUUGCAUAUAUUCAGGACUGCACACCGAACCUCGAGAAGUCUAAUUUAUACAUUCUUGUUGCUGGAGCACUAGGUGGACGGUUUGACCAUGAGAUUGGAAACAUCAAUGUGCUAUGCCGUUUCUCAACCAUGCGAAUAGUUCUUUUAUCUGACGAUUGCCUCAUACAACUUCUUCCAAAGACUCACUGUCAUGAGAUCCAUAUCCAGUCCUCUGUCGAGGGCCCACAUUGUGGACUUAUCCCUAUUGGAAUGCCUUCUGAAAGCACUACAACCACCGGUCUCCAAUGGGAUCUGAAUGAUACAGAAAUGAGAUUUGGUAGUUUGAUAAGUACAUCGAACAUCGUGAAAGAAGAGAGAAUAACGGUGCAGUCGGAUUCAGAUCUUCUUUGGACAAUAUCCAUUAAAAAGCCUUGAAGAGCUAUUUAUUUCAAGAUGAACUACUAAUAUCACAAAUUCUCCCAACAUAUAUUGUUGUGCCCUGAUUAGAAUAAUGAAGAGGAACCUGUAUAAUUAGUUUUUGGGAAUUGAUAUUUGUACUCCUUUUUUUGUUAUCCACACUCCAUUUUUUUUUUUUAGUGUUGAUUUUUUUGUUAUCACUCCCUUUUUGUCUUUUGACAAAGAAAUACAUACACUUUUAAUGCUAAAAAACUAGAAAGGGAGUGUGGAUGACAAAAAAGGGUGUGAAUAUCAAUUUCCUUAGUUUUUAUAUCAUUUUUCAUCCGAUAUUUUGUUGGUUCUUUUACUUUAUUUUUAUUUUUAUUUGUCGUCUAGGUAGUAGUUGCUGCGUCUUUUGAGCGAUUUAUACACUUAAUUCUAUGAAGGGUUCUCAGCCAGUGGAAUCGCUUUCUUGUAUGGGUGCCAUUGUAUUGUGCAUACCUCCUUAAUGGUAAUUGUGAAAGUUUGUUUUCUUUGGGC